UUGGCAGCAAACUCUCUCUACAUUCAUGACACGUAACUCUAGGCAACUUCCUGUUAAGUCUAGUUUAUAAACUUCAAGCUAGGAAGAUCUAGACACAGAUCAGAUAACUACGAUCUAGAUCUACUAUGACUAUGAUCUAGAUUCUAUCAAUAUCAACAUUUGCCUUGUUACUAGAUUUAGAUAAUAUAUAGAUCAACUGUUGGAUUGGAAAUAACAUUAAGUAGAUUAGAUCUAGAGACUAAUUACAAAUGGCAUCAUAUACUUCUCCUAACUCUAACGAUACAAACAAAGAGACACAUAAAUGUAAAAACAUUGUUGAUCAACAUCAAUGUCAUCAAGAAGUGAAUGUAGACGAGGCAAAUCACAACCAUUGUUGUCAUGAAUUCAAAUACAAAAAUGCUCAGCAAUAUGCCCAAUCUUUGCGACCAUGGCUGUGGCAGUAUCAAAAUGCGUGUGUGAUGCACCAGUUCUUAGCAACAAGUUUCAUUAUACAAGCGCAGGCUUUUCCACAUUUUAUACCUUUCAGUGGUGGCAAUAAUGAUCCACUCACAAACAAUCAGUUACAAAAUCGUUUAGAUCCAACAGGUACUGGAAUAGCAGGAGUGCAAAAUAGAAACAGUGUGUAUUAUACCAACAACAUACAAACUGAACCCCAACAACAAUUGCAAGGAGUCCUAUACAAAGUCCCUACAUUUUGGAAAAGAAUAGUUGCUGAGCUCAUUGACUUCACAUUUCUCUUCUAUAUCAAAAUGACAGUUUCUCUGUUCUUGAUGACUGAGUUCAGUUUUGACCAGCUUUCCUUCUUAAAUACAGAGGACUUGAUGGAUUUUGAAAUGGACUAUGAAAGAGCUUUUGCAAUCACUUUUGAUGUUAUAGUUUUAGAAAUUCUGAACAGAAUCUUGAUAACAAUUUUCGAGACUCUGUGCUUGUACAGACCUCAGUUGAGACCUGGAGGAGCUGGGGCUACGCCUGGCAAGAGGUUGUUAGGCUUAAAAGUUGUAUCCUGUGAUCAAGUUCAAAGUUUAGGUCAUGGCCAAGUCAUGGUUUCCCCUGCAGGACCUCUUAGCUUUAAAAGUGCUUUGUUGAGAUCCGUUGUAAAAAACUUCACUAUCGCAUUUUUUCUGCCUGUUUGCCUGACUUUGUUUUUCUUCAAACAUAACCGAGCGGCUUAUGACAUCAUGGCACACACUAUUGUUGUGGAGAAUGUUUGAACAGGAUCUUGCUGGACCAUGCUGACUGUUUGUUAUUUUUCUGCAUUGAAUUUUUUUGUGUGUAAAUCAUUGUAUAAUCUAUGUGAUGUUUUUUUUUUAUUUAAGAUUAUGUGGUUUCCCUAUGUCCGAGAUUUGUUACGGACAAUUAAAGCAGGUGAUUGUAGUAGUGGCCACAUCACACCCACACUAACUGUUCACCACAGAAUUAGGUGAACUUUGUAUCAUAUGCCCCAUGGAUAACUAAGUCUCAAUGUGGGCAUACACAUUUUUUUUCUAAAUAGCCAGAAACAUUCACACUCAUUAAUGCUAGAUGUCUCAGGAACAUCUUUAAAUUUUUUAGGUUAAAAACUAACUCAAGGACUCCAAGCGUGGGAUCUUUAGCUUGGUAGCCAACAAUCUACCUGUUAGGCUUGCACACCCACAUGAAAGCAAUAUAAUGGAAGGAAAGGGGACUUGUUUUAAAUGUAAUACAAUGGUUUUGUUUGUUUUUAAUUUUGAAAGAUUUUCUGUUCUUUGUUCUGGACUGGAAUUUAAUAACUUUAAUUUAAUGCUCUUACCUCUUUAUAGAGUCAGGGCCGGCCUUAGGUAAUUGGAGGCCCUAAGGCAAAGUGAAUUGUGUGGUCCCAAAUGAAAUAGGAAAGCAAAGAAUUAAGACAAAAAUAUGCAAUGAAUUAUGAAACGUCCUGUUUCUAGAUCUAAAUCAACAAAUAAGUUCAUAUAACGCUGAUAGCACUAAUGUGCUUCAUGUAUGAUUCAUGAUCACCAGACUAGAAAUGAUGUUUCCACAUACAGUGGAGGAAACAAUGGUCUUUUAACAUAUGUAGUCUAGCGAGUAGAUCUACACGUUUGCAAAUAAACCUCGGAUCAUAGUACUAGUAGAGACUUAGAGCUAGGCUAGUAGACACAGAGCCAUAGGGUUAUGCUUUGUUUGAAAUUUGAUCCUUGGGGUUGCAAUUUUUUCUCCAAAAAAAAAUAUUUCUUUGCGCCCUGUGUGAAGCACAGGAGGCACAAAUCGGAGGCCCUAGGUGGCUGCCUAGUUUACCUAUGCCUAAGGCCAGCCCUGAUAGAGCUUAAAGUAACAGCAAACAUUUGCCAGGUCAUUGAAGCAGACAGAACCAUCGGAUGUUGUGUCAAGCGUUUCCUCUUCCAUCUCUUUAUCUUUCUGGUGAAAGUGUAGUAUCUUAUAUUAUAUAAUAUAGACGUUACUUCAAAAAAUAAGAUGAUUACAUCCUACGCGUCAUGCAUUCAGUCAUGCAUAUUAACCAAUGACUUAAAUACUGCCAAGUAACUGGUUUUCCUGGCUAGCUCAGGCAACCCAUUCCAUGCUCUAAUAGCACUAGAGAAGAAGGAGCACUUGUACACAUUUGUCCUAGCAUAUGGGAUGUAGCGUAUAGUACCGAUGUUUUUAUUAUAGACUUACUGAUAUAAAAUGGAAUGUACAGUAUUUCUUCUCAUAUUACGUUUAGGCCCAUAAGCCAAUAUAGUACUGUUCCUGCGUUGAGGUGCUAGCACAGCCCUCCUCCUUGGGUGUCCAAGGGUUGGAACUGGAAUCACACUAAAGCUGUUUGAAUUAGUGAAUUAUAUGAGUAUGCAGAAAGUGCCAGAGGAUAAUAUUUUGUUAAAGAUGCAAUAAUCCCUAUGUUCAUGUAUUUAUUAAACUGAAAACAAUCAAAACAUUGUCCAUUCAAUUAAGUGUACUACCUCUAGUGUCAGACAGGAAAGAUAUUGAUAGUUGAAAUGUUAAACCAAAUCAAUAUUAACCCAACACCACACCCCUUUUGUCAGCCAGGAGAGAUAUUAAGAGUUAUAAUAUUAAUCAGAUGUAUGUGUCAUUCAAGCCAUUUUACAGUAUUUAUAUGUAUUUAUAUAUCUAUGUAAUGCGAGGUUCAGUGUAAUUGUUUAUUUUGUUGUCUACUGACUUGAAUGAUUCACUUAUUGGUUGUAUUCUUGGCUAGCAACAUUCUGUUUUACUGAAAGUUGACUCAGGCACAAAUAAAGAGAACUUGACCAGCACCUGUAGUCCUGUGUUAAGAUUGCUUAGUGCUUUAAUGUGCACAAAAGUUGUAUAAAUUAAGUUAGUUUUGUACUAAGUCAUUCACUGUGUUUGAUUGAUCACUGUAAAUUCUUUUGUGGUAGAAAAUCAAAUAUUUGUUUUGAAUUUAAAAACUAUGUAUAAAUAUUUGCAAUGAAAAGUCAAGCGCUGAGAUUGUGAAAAGUCUUUAUUAGAUAUUUUAAUGUAUCUUUCCUUGUUCUUCUUUAAACUGUUUGGUUUCAAAACAAGAGUUUAUUCAUGUUUUGUUUUCAGAGGAAAAAAAAACAAAAAAAUCUAAAAAUUUUUGGUUAUUGCCAGUAAUUUUCUUUUCCUGGUUCGACCUGGGCUGUGCUGUAAAUAUUUGUUAAAUAUUUGUUAUUAUUUUUACAAAUUGAAGUAGAAAUUUUGACACAUGUACUUAAAUUUUUUUUUUUCGUUUUAGUUAUGUAUUUGUUUAUUUGUUAAACUGUGUCUAGUCUACAUAAAUGAAUAAAGCACCAGUUUGUUUUUUUUCAAACAAGUGGAGAGUGUUACUAAGCUGAAGGAAACACUUCCAAUGCUUCAGGUGAAUCCAUCUCAAGUAAUCUUUUUCUAACACAGAAGCAAUAAAAACUACCCCUUUUGUUUGCUUAGGUUAUUCAUUAGUUCAUGUACAUUAUCAUUCAGGUACUACUUACUAUAAGUACCUGUGCAUUAUUUGUCUAAGUCCACUAUAUGACAAUAUCUGCUAGUUAGUUUCAUUACAACAGAAACACAAGGUGCAUACAGGGCUUUGUCUUUUUCUGAACAUAUGGUAUAUGUCUUUUUCUGAACAUAUGGUAUAUAGUUAGUUUCAUUACAACAGAAACACAAGGUGCAUACAGGGCUUUGUCUUUUUCUGAACAUAUGGUAUAUGUAGGAGCACAACACCAGGAUGUUCUCUUCACAGUUCUGUGAUGGCAUCAGUCUGGGAAAGCUAGACCAUUUGUUACAGUAGGCCGCCAUAUUGACCUGUGACAUCGUAACCUGUGGGCAUUGGAGACCAAUAGCGGACCAAUAGCAGACCUGUGAUGUGGCAACGAGCUAUUUGUUUCUGCUGCCCACAGGUUAUGUACGUGUUACUGGUCAGUGUUCAGGCUUUCUAUAACAAUUGAUUUCACAGAAAGUCAUCAACCUUGAUUUGAAUUGUGUGGGUUAGGAUGUUUUUUCAAUGAGUUUUUUAAGUACAGUGUUUAGAUCUGUUGGUAUGUUGUUGGAUGGUUUGAAAUUAUUUAUUGUUUUCACAAAGCGUUUUUGUUUUCUAAAUUAAACAAAUUUAAAACAAAGCUAAAA